CCGAAUUUUCCUGUGCACAAUUACACUUUAUAUUGGAGUAUACUUUUUCUGAUAUCUUCAUAACACGUAAUAAUUCAGUUUGUUGUAUAAGGUGUAAAGUAUGUUUUAAACAAUACUGUCGAUCACUGGAGCGUUAUUAGCUCAAUUUAUGAAUAACCUGAAAUCUGUGAUUUUAUGAAACAACUCUCACAAUAAUUUCCUAUGGAAUCCAAUAAAAGUUUGACAACUCCUGCUGGCGUUCGUCUAAUCAAAAAUAUAGGCAUACCUUUUCUUCUGAUUAUAUUCAUAUUUGGAUUAUUUGGAAAUGCGUUGACUGUAGUCAUCCUUCGAUCGAAACGUUUACAACAAUCGAGUACAUCUGUAUAUUUAACUGUUUUAGCAGUUGUUGACAUAUUUUAUCUGCUUACAGGAUUAUUAGCUACAAUUAUUAAUCACAUAUUUUUAUUUCCUAAUGACAUUAAAGAUCUUUCGCUGAUUUCAUGCAUUUUAACACCUUAUUUAAGCUAUACACUGGCUUAUUUAAGUGUCUGGUUAUUGGUAUCAGUAACAAUUGACAGAGCAAUAUGGGUUGUACAUCCAUUCAGUGCUAAACGUAUAUGCACAACACGUAAUGCUUGGUUGACUACAUUCAGCUUAACAUUGAUUCUGUUCGCAUUCGAUUCACACUUCUUUUGGACUAUGGAUUAUAAUACUAGUUUAACUGAUUCAUAUGUCAAUGUCACACAUCAUAAAUGUACACCAAAAUAUUUUACACAGACAAUAUUUCCUUAUAUUGACUUAUUAAUAGUAUGUGUAAUUCCAUGCUUAUUUAUGCUUGUUGCCAAUGGUUUAAUCAGUGUACAACUAAAACGUAUGCGUGAUUUUCAUAAAAAGCGACAAAAUAAUCGCUUAUAUUUAACUGUGACAACACCACACGGAGGAAAAAAGAGUAAAAAUGUACUUUCAACAAUCAUUCAACAUAGUCGAAAAUCGAAUGAAAUAUGCACAAAUACUGAAAUGCCAACAACAGUUGACGGUAUACAAUAUCAUAAAAAGCGGUGUAAAUCAAAUACAUUGAAACAUUGUGUUAAAAAUUCAAUUAAAGGUCGUUCAAAUAUGAAUAGAUCUUCAUCACUGACAGCAAUGUUGUUAGCCAUCAAUAUGUUUUUCAUGAUAAGUGUAUGUCCCUUACUUGUAUAUGACGUUAUAUUCUUUGCAUUUAAUUUGAACUCUUGGAUUGAAAAAGACGAAGUGAUAAGAGGAGUUCUAAUCUUCGGUAUCGAACGAUUCGUCUAUAUUUUAUGGUAUACAAAUUUCUCUGUACACUUUCUAUUGUACUGUCUUAGCGGUCCACAGUUUAGAGCACAAGUUAAACACUGGUUUAAUUCAUGUUGUCGUUUUAUCAGCUCACCUUAUCUGGCAGAUGAAUUACCGUCGAUAAAGGUUGCAGAUUCUACGAAAAUUCAUCAAAUUUGUGAAAGCAAUCUACAGCACAGAGUUACACAAUAUAAAGAUUUCACAAAUAAUUUGCCUGCCUCAACACAACAAUAUGAAGAAGUAACACAAGAUCAACUGCAACAGUCUUGACAACUAGAAGUUCCAGAAGACAACCACCGGAAAUUAAAACAGACUUCCAUCUCAAAAAACACUCCCACAAAAUGAUUUAUUUACAUUCCUUAAUUAAUAUCACUGUCAGUUACAGUCACUGGCAUUGCUAACGGACAUAAUAAUACAAGCGUGUCUCUUUAAUUUAAUUAACUAUGCACCAAGGUAUGAUAUUUGACCGAUUCAUGAAAGUUCAGUCAGCUAGUGAAAUAAACUAAUAUAUAUGAAUAUUUCAUUCUGUUUUUCGAUUUAUUUUAUUUUCACUACGAUUAAUAAUUCCUUACAUGUAUUUUACCAUGUAUCAAACUAUAUUAUAUUCAGCUAAUCUCUUUUCUGUCAAAUGAUUUGCUUGAUAACAAGGUUUAUUCAAAAGUACUCCAAUUUGUUUUUAAAAUCAUGUACACAGUAACGAUGCUGUCAAACUGUUUUGAUAUUCAGUCUUACCCCAAGAGCAACUCGAGUAGCUUUCGGACGAGUUUAUAAAAGACAGUAGUGUAGAAGUAGACUAUCGGCUGUGUGGUAUCAAAUGGUUCCAUUUAAGACGCACAAAGGCAAUAUUAUCAACUAGAUACACUGCAUUUUCUAUCCUGACUACUACAUUCAUUACAAUAUCAGUGUGUACAAACAUAUUACACCAAAAGCGAUUUUGAAUAUUUCCUAGC